AUGCAAAAGGUCGACGAUGUGUUUGACGUCUGGAUUUUCUUGACGGUCUUUUUGAUCUUGACUAUUUUCCUGUGUUGGGUCGAGUGCUGGGAAGAUGGAUCGCCAUUCUCUGAAAGCGUUCCUAAACCGGCGACAUUAUAUUUGGCCAACUCGGCUACGGGAUAUUCGGCCUCAGGAAUCAUCAGACUGUGGGCUGAACACUGGCUGAUUAUUUUUAUAUUCCGAAAUUAUUUUGCCGUUCUGCAAAAUGGUGGUUACGGGCUAUUUACUUGGUUUGAGAAGAUUAGUAGUAAAAUGGCUGAAAUAGCAGUUCUUAGGCAACUGUUUGACUGUAGAGCUGUAGUUCAAGCUAGAGGAAGUCCUUAG